AUGAAGCUGACGAUCACUCUCGCGGCGGCCGCCGCCGCGAUGCUCGCGUCCAUCUCCGCCGCGGCCCCACUCGAACGCCGAAGCUUCGGUGCCGUUCUCCCGGUCACCCCGGAGGAGAUCAAGCUGGUCGAGACGGACGCCCGUGGCUCCCUGCCCAACUCGGCACCGCCCCCGAAGCUCGAGCCGAGCAGCCUCACGGCCUUCCAGCUCAUCCAGUUCAACGAGCAGUUCGAGGUUGCCUUCUUCACCUCCAUGCUGGAGAACGUCACCAAUGGGGGGCCAGGCUGGGAGACGCCGGAGAAGGAAAAGAUGAUGGAGGCGCUCAAGGUCGUCGUUGCUCAAGAAAAGCUGCACGCACUCGACGCCAAGGGGGUUCUCGACCACUUCAAGGCCUUCUCGCCGCCGCCGUGCCAGUACCAGUUUCCGACAAACAGCCUCAAGGAGGCCGUGGCCCUCGCCGAGACCUUCACCUCCGUCGUCCUCGGCACCCUCCAAGACGCGAACCAGCUGCUCGCCAAGAACGGCGACGCCGGCCCCGUCCGCGCCGUCAGCGCCGUCAUCGGCCAGGAGGGUGAGCAGAACGGCUUCUACCGCAGCGUCCUCGCGCGCCCGCCGUCCUCGCAGCCCUUCCUGACGACCUCCAUCGCCCCAUUCGCCUUCUCGGCCCUGCAGACCUUCGUCGUCAAGGACUCGUGCCCUUUCCGCAUGUCCCAGAUCGACAUCCCCACCUUCGCGCCCCUCAACGUCGCCCAGAUGGCAAAGGCCGGCGAGGUCGAGCCCCGGACGCAGAUGCUCUCGUUCGAGGUCGACCUCCGCGAGAUCGUCACAGCCGGCCGCUUUCUCGGAAAGGACAGGGCGCCGCUCUUCGUCACCUACCUAAGCGGCCUCAACGUGCCGCUCAGCGUGCCCGUCACGAACCCGCAGUGGGACGGCGCCCGCAUAGCCUUCGAGGCCGAGUUCCCCUUUGAGAAGAACAGCAUGUACGGCCUGUCUAUCGCCGCACUGACCUACGAGGGCAAGUUCACCAACCCGGACGACAUCCCGAAGGCGACCCUGGCAGGGCCUGGGUUGAUUCAGGUCAACAAGUAA